GACGGAGUGGCCAAGGCGUUCGUCGAGCACUACUACCGCACGUUCGACUCCAACCGGGCGGGGCUGGUGGGGCUGUACCAGGAGGGCUCCAUGCUCUCCUUCGAGGGCGAGAAGUUCAUGGGCGCCGCCGCCAUCUCCGCCAAGCUCACCUCCCUCCCCUUCGACAAGUGCCUCCACAAGGUCGUCACCGUCGACUGCCAGCCCGCCGGCCCCACUGGCGGCGUGCUCGUCUUCGUCUCCGGAUCCCUCCAGGCAGGCGAGGGCGAACACCAGAUCAAGUUCUCGCAGAUGUUCCAUUUGAUGCCUGUUGGACCAGGGAACUUCUACGUGCAGAACGACAUGUUCCGCCUGAACUACGGCUAAGAACCUUCCUAGAGUUUGUUCUCCCUGAUGGAAGACGGACAAUCUUUUCGAAAAGAAACAAUCUGGUUGUGUUUUUUGACGGUGAAAAUGUUUUGUGCUUUAUGAGCUUUGCUGGUGGUGAAACAUGACACCAUGUAUGAGCUGGGUCUGUAUUAAUGUACAUUGUAUUCUGGUCUUCUCACAACAAUGUUAUUGGUGGAACCGUGGAAGUGCUGGUAAAAACUUCGCAAUUCUGUU